AUGAUCGACCCGUACGGACCGGCUGGCUAUUAUGCCUUCGCGAUCACCUUCGGCUUUUUGGCCUUUGCGAUCGUAGGCGCGUGGUCUCUCAUCUUCUUCUCGCUUGCGAUCAACCUAGCGGGCUACAUCGUACUCGGAACCUUUGUUGUGUAUCGUCACUUCCAGGUCAAGAACAAGCAUCUGAGCUCGAGGGGCCGAGAGUAUAUUAGAGCCAGCGAAGAGUGGCCUGGCCCGGACAUCACCAAGCUUCCCGCGGCCUACUUUCUCUAUGUCUUAGGUUCUGGCGGUCACUCUACGGAGAUGGCCUUGAUGAUCAAGCACAAGUAUCGAGGCAACACCAACAUGCAUCGUCGAUAUAUCAUGGGGGCUGGUGACGUUUUCUCUUGGGAGCUCGAGAGAGGCUUGGAGGCUAUCAUUCAUGACGCAUAUAUCAUGGACACCGCCGGUACCUACGACAGCCUGAGUGUCACUCGCGCCCGCAGCGUUGGCCAGUCUUACGUCACUUCCGUCUUCACGUCUCUGCUGUGCGCCUUCGAGGUUCUGGUCGCCUUGACCGCAGUUCCCGAGGCGCGCCCCAAGAAGAAGUAUGGCAAUGCAUUUCGAUGCCCUCACGUUGUUCUCACCAACGGGCCUGGUACAGGCUUUAUCGUCUGCCUUGUCGCUCAUGUCCUUAAAAUGUUCUAUCUGGUGCCUCAGAACCGCCUUAAGCUGGUCUAUAUCGAAUCCUGGGCACGAGUUGAGAAUUUGAGCCUCACGGGAAAACUCUUCCACUACACCGGCAUAGCAGAUCUCUUUCUCGUCCAGUCGGAUGAGCUCGCUAAGAAGUUUGGAAAGCCCAAUAUCGGUCUUGUAGCCGUUCGCGGUCCUCCUGCUGGAUUGAACCACGCGCAGAUGGAUGGUUAG